CCUAAUCGCUACGUUCAACAAAAUCAUAUUUUGUAUUACAAGUUACAUGUAACGGGAGAGGACUCGCGGUUGUUGUGCUAUGUACCAAAGGGGCAUCGCUUAAGUUUGUUACGGAUAUUCCACGAUGAACACCAUCAUAUUGGAUUCGAUAAGACAGUCGAGCUGAUACUGAAACACUUUUGGUUUCCCGGGUUACGCUCGUUUACUAAGAAGUAUAUCCAACAUUGCAUUGUUUGCUUGUCGCACAAAAAGGUGCCGCGUCAACCGCCCCAACCGAUUACAUCGUGGAAUAAACCGAGUAUACCCUUUGAAACUGUGCAUAGUGACGUGCUUGGACCUCUUCCCGAGUCUAACGGUUAUAAAUAUGUGAUAUUAAUAGUUGACUCGUUCACCAAAUACUGUCUUUUGUACCCUAUUUACCGCCAGGACUCGAACGAGUUACGGAGAGUGUUUGAAGCAGCAAUUUCAUUAUUUGGCGCACCUAAAUUACUAGUCGUUGAUCGCGGACGUAUGUACGAAAGUACGGCGUUUGUAGAAUGGGUCAAAGGUAUGGGGAGUGAUAUAUAUUUCAUUACUCCUGAUAUGCACCAGAGCAACGGGCAAGUGGAGCGCUAUUGUAGGACUGUCCUAAACAUGAUUCGCGUAGAAAGUAAUUUUAGACAAGAGCGAUGGUCUGACGUUCUAUGGAAAUUGCAACUGACCUUAAACAUCACCACUCAUAAGUCAACAAAAUGUUCACCACUAAAUCUUUUGAUUGGCAGUGAAGCAGUGACGCCCGUUAUUCGGCUCCUGCUGAGAGACGUAGCCCAUGAAGGGAGUAGCCCCAACCGAGAGGCUAUGCGGGAGAUGGCCCGCCAGCGCGCCACCGAGUUGCUGGACAUGAACCGCACCCGGCAAGACGCUCGCGUGAAUGAGAGGCGACGACCUCCUCGAACCUUCGCUGUUGAUGACGUCGUUUUUGUGAACAAGGGCAGUCAAGCAACUGGCAAGCUUGAUUCAGGCAUGCGCGGCCCUUACAUAAUUACAAAAGUAUUGCCACAUGGGCGGUACGAUAUGAAACUGCUUGCUGGAUCUUAUGGCAAGACCACGCAAGCAGCCGCCGAAUUUAUGACUCUGUGGCGUGGCGAAUGGACUCCUGAGACUUGUAGUUUAUUCUUUGAGAGUGCAGAUGAAAGCUCCUACGACCUGCACGAUGACUCUGACGGUGCAGUGCCAGGGCCAUCCUCAGCAGCCGAGUACUUUCAGAGCUUCACGGGCGAGGACGCGCCGUCGUCAGGAGAGGCCGUGUUAGAUGAAGACUAGGCCUAGGAGGGAGUACGCGCCACACGUCACCGACAGCUGUCAAUAAAAGAAGCGAGCAUGGCGCGCGGCUCACUUUUGUCGCAGCUACGGAACCGAACGGACGUUCACUGUUUUCAUAUUGCUUUUUACUAAACUUGUGCUUUAAAUCCUAUUUUCUAGUUCAUUUGUAAUUAUUUAAAUUUAUUUAAAUUAUAAGUAUUUUUGCCUACGUUUGACCGUUUUUUUUUAAAUAAUU